CCUAAGCUACUAAAAAGGUUUUGUUAGUUCUUCCUUCAUUUGUGUAAGAAGCCAUGGUUGGUUUUGAUGAUAAUUUGAUGGCCAUCAAGGAUAAGCUUUGUGGAAAUUCAUCGAAAUUACAAGUGAUCCCAAUUGUUGGCAUGGGCGGUAUCGGUAAGACUACUCUUGCUACAAAGGCUUAUCACGAUCCAUCAAUUAACGAGAAUUUCAACGUUCGUGCUUGGGUCACUCUAUCACAAGAUUCUAGCAAAGAAAAAGUUUCUUCGAGUCUCGUGUGUGCCAUGGAGAAUUUCGUUGUAGGAAGAUCCAACGAGAGCAACGAAGUGAAAGUGUUUCAAGCCUUGAAGGGUAGGAAGUAUCUGCUUGUAUUGGACGAUAUCUGGAGUACAAAGGCAUGGGACGAUAUAAUGAUGAUGUUUCCAGACGACAACAAUAAAAGUCGAAUCAUUUUAACCACUAGGUUGUCGGAUGUAGCCGCUUAUCCCGACUCAUGUAGCCAUCUUCAUGAGAUGGAUCUCUUGGACGAUGAUCAAAGUUGGAAUCUACUUCGACAAAAUAUUUUUAAUGGAAAAGAAGAUUAUCCCCUUGAAUUGGAGAUUAUCGGAAAGGAGAUUGCGAGAAGCUGCGGAGGAUUGCCCCUUGCGAUUGUGGUGAUUGCAGGAGUCCUGUCAAAGGUUGAUAACAAUCGAGCUUCGUGGGAGAAAAUUGCAAGAAACGUAAAAUCAACCAUCGCGAAAGAAGAAAAUGGCAAGUUUGAAGAGAUACUAUCUUUGAGCUACAACCACUUGCCUCGUCAUUUGAGGCCGUGUUUCUUAUACAUGGGAGGUUUUCCCGAAGAUUACGACAUAAAUAUCCCGAGGCUCGUCAAGUUGUGGGUGGCUGAAGAAUUCAUACAUGAUAUCAGACCAUCAAGUGUAUCUAGAAGUUUGGAAGAGGUUGCCGAAGAAGAGUAUCUGGCGGAUCUUGUGAAGAGAAAUCUCGUUAUGGUCACAGAGAGGAAGUCCGAUGGAAGAAUCAAAACCUGCAGAGUGCAUGAUCUGAUGCGGGAAUUGUGCAUAAGAAUAUCCCGAAAAGAAAAUUUUCUUGUGCACGUCACGGAUAAAGGAAUUCCCGUAGAAAAUUUGAGGCGUAUAUUUAUCAACCGAAAUGAUCUAAAUUGCCUCGCAAACAUUUAUCGCUCAACCACCCGUACGGUUAUAUGCUUCAUGGAGUUGAACAAAGAUUCGUACAAGGAUUUAACGUAUUUCAGAUUCAUGAGGAUUAUAUGCAUCCUAAGUGCUCGUUGCGACAUGUCCGAUUGUAUCGCGAGCCUAUGCGUUGAAGACUUCAAUUUAUUUAACAUAAGGUACCUCGCGUUCCCCUAUCCAACUAAGAUUCCGCCAACCAUUUCAAACCUAUUGAAUCUUCAAGCUUUGAUCAUACACGAGUCCCUCAACGAAUGUAAGCAAUCUCUACCUACGAAAAUUUGGACGAUGAAAGAGCUGAGACAUCUUAUCUGCUACCGUUUCGGCGAGUUACCAAAUCCACCAGACGAGGGAGCAAGUUCCGGUUAUGGACUAGAAAACCUGCAAACUCUUUGGGAAGUAACGAAUCUUAUAUGCACCGAAAAUAUCCUCGAAAUGAUUCCGAAUGUUAAAGAGUUGGGAAUUUGCUACACUAUAGACAACCGUGAAAAAGAGUACGAGCUUGACAAUCUCGUACGUCUGAAGCAACUCGAGAGAUUUAAACUAACUCUUUCUUAUCCCUUGGAUGUGUGGAAGGGCAAAAAUAUUACGCUCGCUUUUCCAAAGACGCUGAAAUGGUUAUCCUUUGGCGGUUGGAGCCGUCCCUGGAGCGAAAUGACGAUUGUAGGCUCCCUCCCUAAUCUUCAAGUUCUUAAAAUAAAAGAAAAUAUUUUGAGGGGCGAGACGUGGGAAACCGUUGAGGGAGAAUUUCUUGAGCUCAAACACCUCAUGAUUAAAGGCUCGAAGCUCGAGCGUUGGGUAACCGAAAGUAACCACUUCCCCAAGCUCGAGCGCCUGUUGAUUCAUCAAUGUUUGGAAUUAAGGAAUAUCUCGAAUGAUAUUGGAGAGAUUUCAACGUUGGAGCUGAUUGAGGUGAAGUCGGGUCUCAAAUCUACUGCAGAGUGGGCGGAACGAAUUCAACGUGAACAAAGGGAUUACAGAUAUGACGUCACUGAAGUUCGUUGUUUGAAUUGUAUACAUGAACUACAAUCUUAA